CCCUUUUCCCUCCCGUCCCGAGAUACUCUCUAUUUGUCUCCAUUCCUUCCGCCGACGCGCGUUUCGCCGGCGGCAAAGGACCACCGCGAUAACGUUUUGAACGACUCCCCAACUAUCUUCUCCAAUCUCUAUCCAUCCCUCUUUCGUUUUCCCAACUUAGGGUUUGCUAAUCGAUUUGCACUCGAUCUUCUCUUUGUAAGUAGACGCCAUGGAUUAUGAUGAUGAUAGCAGCGGUACGGAUGAUGACCUCCCUCCUCCACCUCCACCUCCACCUCGGAGAAAUAGAUUUACUCAAGGAGGAGUUCGAGUUGCCGCAGGCAAUUCAAUAUCUGAAAUCCAAGAAAGUGGUAGAUUUCCACGUACUCAUGCUGACAUGGAAAACAAGAUCCACGCUAUAGAACUAGAGGCGUAUAUUUCAAUUCUACGUGCUUUUAAAGCUCAAUCUGACGCUAUUACCUGGGAGAAAGAAAGCUUAAUCACGGAACUUAGGAAAGAAUUAAGAGUAUCAGAUGAGGAGCAUAGACGUCUCUUAUCCAAGGUUAAUGCGGAUGAUGUCAUUGGGAGGAUAAGGGAUUGGAGGAAAACUGGUGGAGGAGUUCGCAACAGCCUACUAACCCAGCCUGGACAUAACCAAGCACCUAGUCCAACUGUUUCUGGUUCACACAAGAAACAAAAGACAUCACAAACAGGAGUUUGUUUGCCACAGGAUGCUCCAACACCAACGUUCCGUCAAUCCAUACCACCAUCUGGUGGCAGGGGAAAGAAAUCGAAUUCAAUACCGGUGGAAGACAAUGCGUGGGAUGUUGAGAGUCGUGGAAUUUCUCGCAAAUCUGGUGGCACUGUGCCAGGCCAUGCAUCUAAGAAAUCAUCGUCUCGUGAUUACAGAAUUCCGGGUAAAAGGGAUGCCGGGACAACAAAAAUCAUACAAAGGAAACAGUUCCCUUCUUCGCGAAACCUUGAGAAGAAAGCAUUAACUGACAUUGAGUUGCUUCAUACAGAUACUCUUAUUAAGCAGGUGGAGAAGGUCUUCAGUGGAACCCAACCUAAUCCAGUAGACAUUGAGAAAGCAAGAAAAGCCAUUAAAGAUCAUGAAGAAGCCUUGAUCAAUGCUAUUGCGCUAAUUGGAGAUUUAUCUGAAGGUGAAUAUGGUCCAAGAGACAAGGUAACCGUGCAAGAUCGAGAGAAAGGAAACAUAGGUGCAGGCAAUGGUCAUGACGACCUUCAAUUGUCUAGUUAGGUUUUGAUGAUCUUUUUUUAAGAAAAAAAGACACUGUUUGUUAGCUUAUUGGAUUCUAACUUAGUCUGGAAACAUGUAAAGAAGAGGCAAAGGUAAAAUAUGCAAUGAUAAAGUCUUAGUACUCUUUCAAAA